AUGCAUACUCGACCUCAAUCUCUUCAAUAUCAAUAUAAACCAACAACUAGUGUUCGUGACAGACCAUUACAUCUGUGUAUCAUCUUAGUUUCGCUUCUAUUCAUUUUUCUUCUUGUGAUCGAAUCAGUAGCAUUUAUUGUGCUUGGUGCAUGGCAUCUAAUUAUUCCACGUCUUCAAACUGUUCUUAGUUUAUCAACAGAUAUCUAUCGUCGUGAAUUAGGCUUUGGUAUUCUUCUCGUUAUUAUUGGAUCAUUUGGUAUUCUAAUAAGUAUUCAUGGGCUUAUUGCUUUCUUUACAUUACGCUUAAUAUUAUUAAGAAUAUUUGAAUGUUGCUUAUGGUUUUUGAUGAUAAUUGGAGCAGCGGUUGGUAUUAUUGGUAUUAUUUUUGCAUCUCAAGUCGAUGGAUUCUUAAGUCAAUCAAAUAAUAAUUCAAGUGUGAAUCAAACUACUUACGCUGAAGAGAAGCUCAUGUUAGGAAUGAAUGGUGGUUUAGCUUUAUUCAUGAGUUUGACCUUGCUUAUUGGUAUCAUAAUAGUACGCUGUCUGAUGGGUGAUGUGAGUUCAUAUUCAAGUGGUCAUUCCUAUAUUGGGACACAAUAA